AUGAGCGACAACACGGCUUUCACGUCGGAGAGCUACCACACCAGCACGUUUUCAGCAGGAUCGGAUCAGCCUCAGCCAGGGUCAAGUCCAACACUGGAGGAGCAGCAAGAGGGUUUGCCAGAGGAAAUCAAGCGCAAGACUUACCCGUCUAGCAAUUUGGUGAGCGCAGAAGCCGAGCUAUUUGAAGAUCUCAAGGAGCAUUCCUUGGAGGAUUCGGACAAGGUUAUUGUUGUUAACGAAGAAGGAAAAACGAUCUGGGCGAUGCCUACUGUAUUUCACAAGUAUGUUCUCCAGAAGUUUUUACAGAUUGUCAACAAGUGCAGCGAAGAAGAAAAUCCUAUACUUGCUCGGGCAGACAUUCCCCUUCUAGUGGACAAGAAGACAAAAAGGUGCAGGCAUUACCGUCUUGGCACCGAUGAAGCAACAACGGUAAUUGAAAUCAGCGGGAGAGAUCUUGGUCGCAGAGACCCAGCCGAAGCAGUACGUAUUCCGCUCUCAGCGAUCCGUCGCGUCUGUGAGAAGUGGGGAUUAAAAUUCGAAGCUGAAGCGACUUCUUAG